CCUUGCUCUUCUCGAUCUCCACCUCAUCUGCUCCUCCCGUCCGCUUGCCAUUCCCCGGGGGAUUCAGUGCAUUCACCGACCGAUCGAUGCUGCCGUGGUCCAUCUUUCCACGGGCGACGUCCGGGUCCGACGCGGAGCCGGAACCGGAGGCGGAGGCGGAGGCAGAGACAUCGGAGCCGUCGGGGAGGCAGGUGUCGGACGAGGCCCUGGUGGAGGAGCUCCUCACCGCCGUCGCCUCUGCGCGGUCGUUCCAGGAGUUCCGGCGGUCGCAGAGCAAGGAGUGCUUGAGCCUCCUCCGCUGGCUCCAGCUCGUGCUCCCGCUCAUCCAGGAGAUCCGCGAGACCGCGCCGUCCCUCACCGAUGACGCCUACCGCCGCCUCGCCCUCCUCGGCCGCGCAUUCCACGCCGCCCGCCGCCUCCUCCGAUGCUGCCACGACGGCAGCAAGAUCUUCCUGGCUCUGGAGAGCGAGGCUGUGCUCGGGCGGUUCCGGGCCGUGUAUGAGAAGAUGAACCUUGCAUUGGAUGGGAUGCCUUACUCUGAGAUUGGCAUCUCUGAUGAAGUCAAGGAGCAGGUUGAGCUCAUCAGCGCACAACUGAAGAGAUCCAAGAAGAGAACAGAUACUCAAGACAUGGAGCUGUCUAUGGAUUUUAUGAUGAUACUCCAGAACGAGGAUGGCAAUGCGGAUAGAGCUAUAUUAGAAAGGCUAGCCAAGAAACUCGAGCUGCAAAGCCUGGCAGAUUUGAGAGCAGAGACGAUGGCCAUUAAAAAGCUCAUCAACGAGAGGAAUGGACAGCAACCGGAGAGCACCAAGCACAUAAUAGAACUCCUCAAAAAGUUCAAGGAGAUUGCAGGCAUCGACGAAAAGAACAUCCUCGGUGACGUCUCAAUACCAAAAUAUCUGGAGAAGUGCCCGUCUCUAAUGAUCCCAAAUGACUUCCUUUGUCCAAUAUCAUUGGAGAUCAUGACUGACCCGGUCAUCAUCGCGAGUGGACGGACUUAUGAGAGGAGGAGUAUCCAGAAGUGGUUAGAUGCUGGCCAGCGGACCUGCCCAAAGACUCAGCAACCAUUAGCUCAUCUAUCACUGGCACCGAAUUUUGCGCUAAAAAACUUGAUUCUGCAGUGGUGUGAAAAGAAUAAAGUUGAGAUUCAAAUGGGAGAACCCGAGCCUGCAGCUGAACAGGAAGAGCGCAAAGAAGACAUUCCAUCGCUGGUGAAAGAUCUAUCCUCAGUUCAUCUUGAUGUGCAGCGGAAGGCUGCCAAGAAGAUUAGGAUACUUUCCAAAGAGAACCCGGAGAAUAGAGCACUGAUCCUUGAGAAUGGCGGGCUCCCAGCUCUUAUUAGCUUGGUGUCAUAUCCGGAUAAGAAAAUCCAGGAGAACACUGUGACUGCAUUGUUGAACUUGUCGAUCGAUGAGACCAACAAGGUCCUGAUAGCUAAAGGAGGAGCGAUACCUUUGAUCAUCGAAGUCCUUAAAAAUGGUAGUGUUGAAGGUCAGGAGAACUCAGCAGCAGCAUUGUUCAGUUUGUCUAUGAUAGAUGAGAACAAGGCAGCUAUAGGGAUUUUGGGCGGUAUAGCUCCUUUGGUGCACCUCUUAAGGGAUGGGACAAUAAGAGGCAAGAAGGAUGCUUCAACGGCAAUAUUUAAUCUCAUAUUGAACCAUCCGAACAAAUUCAGAGCUAUUGAAGCAGGAAUUGUGACGGUUUUGCUGAAAAUACUUCGUGACAAGAAACUCGGCAUGAUUGAUGAAGCACUGUCCAUUUUUCUCCUCCUGGCAUCGCAUCCUGGUUGUCGCAGCGAAGUGGGGUCAACGUCCUUUGUCGAGAUACUUGUUGAGAUCAUAAAGGAAGGGACUCCCAAGAACAAGGAGUGUGCACUUUCUGUUCUACUCGAGCUAGGUCUGAAUAAUAACUCCCUUAUGGUGCACGCGCUCGGAUUCGGUCUGGAUGAGCAUCUAUCUGAUAUUGCAAAGACAGGUACAAGUAGAGCGCAGAGGAAAGCGAACUCUUUGAUUCAGCUAUCUCGCAAGUGCUCGUAAAGGGUAAGUGAAAAGGCAGCAUUCUGAUGAGUUAGGCACAAACAUGCGUGUAAAUCAGGUAAAUUUUGAGUUACUCAUAAAAAAAGAUGGCAAAAGAAAACGAGCAUCGGUACAGUGCUUCAUCCACC